AUGGCGACCCGUGCGGUCACUGGGAGAAGGGUCCAGCUGCGGCCUGGAGCCACAUCCAGCCACGCCCACAUUCAGCCACGCCCACUUCCAGCCACGCCCACUUCCAGCCGCGCCCACGUCCAGUCACGCCCACAUUCAGUAACGCCCACCUCCACUCACGCCCGCCUCCAGCCUCGCUCCCUUCCCCGAGAAGGGUCCUGCUGCGGCCUGGAGCCACCUUCAGCCACGCCCACCCCAGCCACGCCCACCUUCAGCCACGCCCACCUCCAGACACGCCCACCUCCAGUCCCGCCCCCUUCCCCCUGCACUCGAGCCAAGAAAGGUGGUUACAGCAGCAGUGGCAACGGUUAUGAUUUCAGAAUCACCAUCAGUAACAUCCAGACAGAGGACACAGGAGUUUACUACUCCUGGUACUACCAACAACCUGGAACAGUCCGCAAAGCCUUGACUGGCACAGGGACCACUCUCCUGGCAGGAAGUCCCUUUCGGUUCAGCGCCGGCGGAUCUGGGAGUGACUUCACCCUGACUGUCACAGCAGUCCAGGCUGAGGAUGCAGGGAUUUCCUACUGUCAGAGUGAUCAGGCUCUAUCACUGUGGUACACUUUUGGUGGCGGCACUGAGGUCAUCGUCUCAUCGGGGGUCUCAGUCAAACCCACCCUCUCCCUGCUCCCCCCCUCUUCUGAGGAGUUGUCCAAGGGCUCGGCCACGCUGUCCUGUCUGCUGAGCAGCUACUCCCCAAAAGGAGCGCUGGUGACUUGGCAGAAGGAUGGGAGGGAGGUGACGGCGGGCGUCCUGACGGGACAAGAGGUGUGGAGCAGCACUGGGUACAGCCGCAGCAGCAUCCUGACCCUCAGCAAAGCCAGCUGGGAUGAAGGAGACCUCUACACCUGCUUGGUGGCCCACGAUGGCCGCAGGCAGUCCACCGAGCUCAGGAGGACACAGUGCAGCGGCUAGAGAAACGCCCCCUACUGGCUGGAAGCAACCUUCCCUCAAAUGCAUGGGUUUAUAAAAAGAGAUGAAUAAAAAUGAGGCAGGGAUGUGAACACAAAAGCCCCCUUGCAGCAGUUUCUAACAUGUGUGUGCUUAGGUGUGUUGUAGUUAAGUGUGUAGGGGUGAGUUUGGGGAGAGGGGCACUUUGGUUAAGUUCAUCUGUUGCUUCUACUGUUGGUUUCUGUUGCUGAAUGUAUUCCUGCUUGUCUGCUGCUCAGAACUUAAUAAAGUUUUUGUC